AUGAUUAAAUAAGCGACACUAAAGCAUAGUUUAGUUAUUCCGCCAAACAAAAAACCAAGAACUCCUUUAGCAACCUAUCAUGAAUUCAUAAAGCAAAACAGCAUUCCAAUAUUUUAAGUGUUCCAAGAUAAAACAGAUUUCGAAACUCUAGAGUAAAAGCUAAUUGAAUAACCUUAGGAUUAUGGAGUGGUGGCUUCGUUUGGGCAUAUGAUUCCAGACAAAAUUAUAGAUAAAUUUGAUAAAGGAAUGUAUGUUAUUCAUCCAUCACUCUUGCCAAAGUAUAGAGGAGCAUGUCCUAUUCAGCAUGCAAUUCUUAAUCGAGAAAAGGAAACUGGAGUUAGCAUUAUUGAAAUAUCAAAAAAUAAGUUUGAUGCAGGAGCUAUACUUUGGCAGUAUAAAUGUUAAAUUGAUGAAAGUACUUAGUUUGGACCAUUGUCAUAGUUGCUAGCUGAAUAAGGAGGAAUUGGAAUGCUAGAAGUUCUAAGUAAUUUAGAAAAACAUAAAGAAAACGCUAUAAUCUAAGAUCCCACAAAAGUCACAUCUGCAAAGAUGAUUCCAAGUGAAUUCGGGCUAAUGGAAUUUUAAGAAUUGGACGCUUUGUCAAUGCAAGUCAAGUUCAAUGCCUUGUAUGAUUCAAAUACAAGACCUAAAGCAAUUUUAUUAAAGGGUUUUGAAGAUAAACCUUUCAAUUAAACUCCAGUUUACUUCGAUCAAUUGAAAAUGGUUCCCUCAGUUCAUAUUGAUGAAAUUUUGAAUGGGCAAUUAAAAGAUGUGAAUGAUAUACCAGCUGGUUCAUUAUAUAUAAAUAGCUCUAAGUUCAAAGAUAUGCUUUUGAUUAAAUGUUAAGGUGAUAAAUAUCAAUGGGUAUUUGCCAAAGAGAUAACAUUAACAGGUUAUGGUAAAAUGAAGAUAGUAGAUUUCAAUCAAAAGAUUUUGCAAAAUAAGUCUUUCGUUAAAUAAGCGAAUCCUCAAUUCAAAUUUUAAUUAAGCUGA